UGUGUGUAUGCAUGUGUCUAUGCGUGCGUGCGUGAAUGUAUGUGCGUGAAUGAGCUGUUCGCGCUUUGAUACCGGGUGAUAUGAGCAGCGGCGGCGCUUUGAACAGUUACUACAUCGAUUCUCUUAUAAGCCAUGACGGUGAGGAUAUGUACACGGGCAGGUUCGGAACGCCGACCUCUCACCCGACUGCGCCACUGAUGGGUGACUGUAUGGAUCUCCCGGCGCCCUGCUCCUACUCCGCCGCGCCGAGAGCACCCAGCUUCACCAACUCCUGGGCCCCGAGCACGGUGCCCAGCGGGGGCAUCUACCACUCCUACCCCCACCAGCCACACCUCGUCCCCGACUCCAGAUGCGCACGCCCCUGGCUGGAGCCGCUGCCGGGCGCCGUGUCCUUCCACGGGUUCCCCGGCGGCGGCCGGCCCUAUUCCAUGAAACCGGACUGCGUGGCCGGCGCCGGGUCGGCUGCGAGCGACGGGCGCUGCUUCGCCGACUACCUUUACGGCUCUCCCACCGACAGGGUAGCGCAGUGUGUCGGCGCGCCGGAUGCGAGGCCCAAGGAAGACAAAGCGGAAAUCGACCCGAGUAAUCCGGCCGUGAAUUGGAUACAUGCCCGGUCGACGCGGAAAAAGCGUUGCCCUUACACAAAACACCAAACGUUGGAGCUAGAGAAAGAAUUCUUGUACAAUAUGUAUUUAACCAGAGACCGACGCUAUGAGGUCGCUCGUCUCCUGAAUCUCACCGAGAGACAGGUCAAAAUAUGGUUCCAAAACCGGCGGAUGAAGAUGAAAAAAAUUAAUCGCGAGAAAACCGAAAAAACUUAACGUUUUCGGUCAUUUUUCUUAAGCCUCGUGGCGUGGACUGGAAGGAAAAUCAAAGCAAAAAGGAAGUCAUUUUUCAGCAUAGAAACAUUUAAAAUUUUUCUUCUCACUGGAUCCGAUCCCAGAGCAAAAACUCAGACGUUCACCCCACCCCCUUCUUUUGAAAGGUUUAUAUAAUUUAACAAAACGUAAGUUUUAGUUUGAAAAGAUUUUCGUUUAAUAUUGUAUAAAUUGUACAAUAAUUAUUGUCACCGUGGUAAGGUUGUACAGAAGGAAAUAUGUCUUUUUUUUUGUAAAAAUAUUUCGGAGUAAUUUGAUGUGGUCAUGUGUCCAUUUGUGAUGUCACAUUUCGAUGGCUGUAUAUUAAGUAUUUAAAUAUAUUUCAGACUGGACAGAACAUGCUUAACUCUCUUUUUUUGAGGGAGGGGAAUAGGUUUGUUUAAAUUAUACGCAUAAACAACACCGAGCGCUGAGUGCGGGCGUCUUUGAAGUUGAAAGUAAAAUACACUUAAGACAUAGUUAUACGGACACACACCUGUGACU